AGCUGUUUUAGAGAGUCCGCGCAACAUUGGUUAUUACUCAUUUGAAAGUUAAAGACCGAGUAUAACUCCAAGUGCAUUUGCUAUUUUUCUAUUUCUUUUUUCUAGAUGUGAGUUACUUAUAUUUAAUUUUCACUUUUUUCUUCCCUUAAUUAGAAGCUGCGAACCUAACUUCUCUGAUGUAGGACCUCUUUUAGUGUUCUCUUUUUUCUGCCUAAUAUCUCUAGUUUCUCUGUAUGGCUGUCAAAUGAAUUGAACUUUCAUAGUUCAAGAGAAAUGAGGAAAAAGAAAGAGUUCCGCUUGGUUGGCCUUCCUACGCUGACGAAUGCCUCUUUUCUCUUCUCGGAAAUCUACAACAAACAAGUGGGAGUGGGAGGAUUCGAACCUACAUAAAAAAACUUAAACAGAUUUACAGUCUGCCGCUUUUGACCACUCGGCCACUCUCCCCUUCCCGGGCUGAGGGCCCCCUCAAUGGGUUCUAAUUCUAAGAAGGCCUAUGAAUUAGUUCCAAGAAAGCGGCCAUUCACGUCAGGAAUAGAGGCCGUUAAGGAUGUACUUGCUUUUCCUUUUUUUCAUAGAGAUUGGGUUGGUUAACUUUUUUCUUAACUAAUGUAAUUUAUUGCUAUAUAUGGAAAUUAUGUGUUGGUGAAGAGAAGAGAAUGUUAUUAGAGAUGAAUCCUCUGCGAUUCCGGGAUUGUUAACUUUUUUUCUUAACUAAUGUAGUUUAUUGCUAUAUAUGGAAAUUAUGUCUUGGUGAAGAGAAAGGAAUGUUAUUAGAGAUGAAUCCUCUGCGAUUCCGGGAUUGUUAACUUUUUUUCUUAACUAAUGUAGUUUAUUGCUAUAUAUGGAAAUUAUGUCUUGGUGAAGAGAAAGGAAUGUUAUUAGAGAUGAAUCCUCUGUGAUUCGGGGAUUGUUAACUUUUUUCUUAACUAAUGUAGUUUAUUGCUAUAUAUGGAAAUUAUGUCUUGGUGAAGAGAAAGGAAUGUUAUUAGAGAUGAAUCCUCUGCGAUUCCGGGAUUGUAGAAACUAAGUAUCAAGUUUAGAAACCCUUGAAUGUUAUUAUCCGGAGAAUGAUUCCCGAGAUGGAUGAUAAUAGUUUGUGUCUUGCCCAUUUUCAUGAGCGUCUUCGUAUUUUGCUUUUGCUCUUUUUUGCUUUUUCAUAAGUAGAUGUGCAUUCAUUUAUACUUUCUCGGCAUAUUUCUUUCUAAUUGUUCUCUUAUCUUAACAGCAUUAUUAUUAAUUAGUAUGUGCUUUGACUGAUCAUGUUUCCCAUUCUUGGCAGGUUCUGUUAGUUAUAUAGGUUUUGCUGACGAAUCACGCAGUAGCAAAUCUUUCUCUAGCUCUUUAGAUUUAACAUUGUCAUUCGCUGCUGAAAGAAGCGCUACUCCUUGAGAUAUUGUGACUACAUGUAGUUGAGAGAGAUUUGCUAAUCUGGAUGUACCUCCUUCACUGAGAUAGCUUUCCUCUGAAAGGGUUGUUUGAAAUCACUCUUCAUCUUCUUAAUCAUUUUGAUAUUCCAGAUGCAAGCAUCCCAACGACCUCAAAUGUCUGGUGGCGUCCAUGGAUUAUACAAUCAGCCAAUGCAGCAAGUUGAGCAAUAUUACGCCCCUUACCAUUUCAAGAACAACAAUUGCAAUAAUACUAGCUCAGUGACACAGUUUGCUUUUCAGACACAGAAUGAACAUUUCUUCACUCUGGACUCAUUGCCGGCUACUGACUAUGUUGUAUACGAUUCACCUCCUGCCUUAAGCGUCUCUUCCAACAGGAGUCCCUUCUCGCCGCAAUGUUCACAGUCAUACAUGUCUGAUCUGCAUCACUCCUCUGAUAACAACACUUGUGGUUCACCUUUCAGUGGGUGUUCAGGAGUUGAUGAUGGUGACCUGAAACAUGUGCUUCGGGAGCUGGAGAAUAAAUUACUGGGGCCUGAAUCUGAUACUGACGACAGCUGCAGUUGCUCCUUCAAUGAUGUGGUCUCGAAACCUUCUUCCUUCACAAGGUGGAACCGAGUGUUGGACAUGGCUCCUAGCUUGAACUUGAAAGAGUUGCUCGAUGCCUGUGCUGAAGCAGUGUCUGAUGCUGAUAUCUCAACUGCUGAAAUUCUUAUGAAUAUUUUAGAGCAAAGGGUGUCAGUCUCUGGGGAACCUAUGGAACGAUUGAGUGCAUACGUGUUGGAAGGGCUUAGAGCACGACUACUGUCGUCAGGAAGCAUCAUAUACAAAAAAUUGAAGUGCAAAGAACCAACUAGCUCAGAGUUAUUGUCUUAUAUGCAAGUCAUCUAUAACAUGUGUCCAUACUACAAAUUUGCUUAUAUGUCUGCAAAUGUCGUCAUCAGGGAAGCCAUGACGAAUGAGAACAGAAUCCAUAUCAUUGAUUUUCAGAUUGCACAGGGAAGUCAGUGGAUGUUCCUCCUCCACGAUCUUGCUCGUCGGCCUGGUGGACCCCCAUUUGUCCGCAUCACAGGUGUGGAUGAUUCCCAAUCAGCUCAUGCACGAGGUGGAGGACUUCAGCUAGUAGGCGAAAGGCUAGCAGCAGUUGCCAAGUCAUGCGGAGUACCUUUUGAAUUCCACGGUGCUGCACUAUCAGGCUGUGAGGUCCAACUAGAGAACCUUCGGGUUAGACAUGGAGAAGCACUGGCGGUAAACUUCCCUUUCAUGCUGCACCACAUGCCAGACGAGAGCGUAAGCACGAUCAACCAUCGAGACCGCCUAUUAAGACUAGUUAAGAGUUUGUCCCCCAAAAUUGUGACCUUAGUUGAACAAGAAUCGAACACCAACACCGCCCCUUUCCUUCCAAGGUUCCGUGAAACUCUUGAUUACUAUACAGCAAUGUUCGAGUCAAUUGAUGCAGCUCGCCCUAGGGAUGACAAGCAGCGGAUCAGUGCAGAGGAGCAUUGUGUGGCACGGGACAUUGUCAACAUAAUAGCAUGUGAGGGGGCUGACAGAGUGGAAAGGCACGAACUUUUUGGAAAGUGGAGGUUGAGACUUAUGAUGGCUGGAUUUACUCCAUGCCCAUUGAGUCCAUCAGUUGGCGAGACCAUCAAUGACAUGUUGAAGGAGUACAGCCCAAAUUACAGGUUUGCAGAAAGCGAAGGGGCACUCUAUCUUGGAUGGAAAAAUAGAGCUUUAGCAACUUCUUCUGCCUGGAGAUGACAACUUGUUGCCUACUAUUGUCAAACAUCUGUAAAUUUUUGCCAUAUGAUCUCGACGUUUAUCUUUUGUUGAAGACUAGAAGAGUGUUUUUAACCCUUUUCGUUUCAUAUACAGAGCUCGGAGUAUGAAAUCUUAGGUUUGUACAUGCCAGCACAGGGAGGAAUAUCGCGAGUCAAAAAUAGAUUCCAUGUCUCAACAUCUGGCUAUUGUCAUUUUCUCCAUGUUUGUUGGCUUUUCUGAACUAGAUCUUGAGCUCUAUCUGCUAAUGUUUGUAACAUGAAAUCCAGUUUCAGCCUCUUCUAAGUACAAGGUUUCUUGUUUUUUUGUUUC